CAUCCAUUCCUACAAAUACUCGUCGGUUUCAGCAUAUGCACAUAAACAUUUAAUUUUAUUUACUCUCGAUGACCAAAAUGACGCCAGGAAAUGGGGCAUCGUUUCUCCUCCUAUUUUUCCCAAUGUUAUACUCCCUUACAAAUUCCGCACCCACUAAUCAAGUAGCCACAUAUUGGACAAGGGGUGAGAUGGGGUACCUCUACAUAGAUAAAUUGGUCAACCAGUCAGAAGCGUUGGCAGAAUGUUUGCGAAUCUACAAGGGCAGAUUACUCACAAUUCUUAAUGUGGCUCAAGAUGACGCUAUUUCCGAUAUGAUUGUCGACCUUGGCAUUUCACAUGACAUCAUCACCUCUGGAAAAAUCAAUUAUGUAAGUCACCCUUUUCCGGAGUGGGAAUGGUCAACUACGGCGACACUCUUUCCCUACCGAAAUUGGUCACCGUCCUCACCAGAUUUUGAAAAUCACUGUUGCUUCAAAGGCGUCCAGGCCUCUAAUUUUUAUCGAUGGAGGAGUUUAGAUUGUGAUACUGUGGGCGUUUUUAUCUGUGAAAUGUAAUGUGGCCUUAAAUUUUGAGAACAUUCUACAUGAGAACAUAUUAUCUAAUUUAUUAAAUUAUUUGACAAAUUUACGCCAAACUUAUGUGCUGUGAAAUACAAAUAUGUCAGGCAUAACGAGCUUUGUAAAGAAGCAAGCUUGAUUAAUAAAUAAUAAUAAUAAUUCCAAAAUAAA